GAGAAGUAAUAAUGCUCACUGGUUUGAAAAUCCGAGAUCUUCUCUGGCCUUGGAAUAGUUAGGAAGCCGUUUAGCUCGAGAAAUCGGCUAGUGAGUUUCACAGCUGCAUUAGCUAACGGCAGCUGGACCAUGUUGAAGUUGGAGUAAGGUUCGAUGUUUUCGUCAGUUAGUCCUGAAAGACAUACUGAAACUGUUUGGGGCAAACAUCGCAGCAGAGUUUUAUGAUUCGAUAUUCUUCAGGAAGGAAAAACAGAUGUAACAACUUUAUAUUCAUAAUUUAGGUCAUGUUCUAUACAGUUUACAGGCCCCUUUUUUUUGUUCUUGGGCUUCGACAUCUGGCGUAAAACAAUAAUUUGUGCACUUUAGCGUAACCUGUUUGAGUCUCAGCCACGGCAUCUUGAUGCCACAAACAAUGCAAACUAGUCUGUUUGAGGUGGACGUGGAAGAGGAUGAAGAUGCCCUAUGCAAAAGUUUCAAUGGAAGUUUUGAGAAGGGUGUUUGGACAUAAAACAUGGACACAUGCAUGUAUAAAGUUAAAUAAGUAGGCACAGGCAUCCUCACUGGCAUCUACAUGGCUAUCUCACACAAAUUACGACGUAGUUUAAGUACCUACUUGUGCAUGCCCAAAGUUUGGAUGGCAUUAAUGCUAGUUCAGGCCAAGUUAAUGGACACAUUUAUGUAUUACGCCUUAUAAGGUAUUACACACAUCUUUAAUUUAACACCACAAGAUUGAGAAAUCUCUCUUUAUUUUCUAUAACUUUGUGCCCCUGACACUUAAAUUACUGAUGUGUGACAUUAUAUAACAACGGAAAUAUGACUACAACAUAAUCUCAACUACUAGGUAAUAUCUAGUUGUAUCUUUUUCUUCCAUUGAAACUUUUCCUGCCAAGUGCUUUGGAAUGGCUGGCAAAACUGAAGAAUAUCUACUGAAUAAACUUGAUGGAGCACUCGAGCAAGCUCAGGGAAGUGAAGAUUGUCUAUCAAAGAUCCUCUUUGAUAUCCAAACGCAUUUUAAAAACGUAAAUAGUUUGCUCCGAGAGGCUAAAAAUGGUGAUCAUUCGGAUGCUGGUGAAUCGAGCCGUAGGGGAAUGCUAUACUAUCUCCUCAAUGCUCUUGCAAAGUGGCAAAUGUUACUGGAAAGGAAGCGCGUUUAUUCCCCUGAGGGAAUCCGAUUCGCUGUUGCACUUAAUAGAGAAUUGAAAACAAUGGAAAGUAGCCUUAAAGGCGAAACAUCAACGAUUGGUGGUGGUGGAAGUUCAGAGAGGGAACGUGAUGAUGGACAGAGCAAAUCUCAUGACAGGUGGAGCAACCGGACAGUGGAUCGAAGCAGGGUAUUCGGUUUUAAUGAAAAGGAGAAUUUCAUGGAGAGAUUUCUUAUUCGGAGGGACAACGAAGUUAAGGGAUUCAAGGCAAUUGGCAUUUAUGGUGUAGCCGGAGUUGGAAAGACGACACUUUGCCAAUUGACUUUCAAUAACGAGCAAGUAACGAACGACUUCUUUCCUCGGAUUUGGGUUUGUAUGUCAAAAUCCCCCGAGGAUGUUGUUGACUACAGAGAAGAGGUUGUCCGGAGGAUGCUCAAGUGUCUUGGUGUUGAAGA